CCUUGCCGCGCCGAGCCGAGCCGCGCCGAGCCGCGCCGCGCCGCGCCGCGCCGCGCCGGGGCCGGCCCUGUGCAUUGUGGUCCGGCGGCGGGGGGCGAAGAUGGCCGAGAAGCAGAAGCACGACGGGCGGGUGAAGAUCGGUCACUACGUGCUGGGCGACACGCUGGGGGUCGGCACCUUCGGCAAAGUCAAGAUUGGCGAACACCAGCUGACAGGGCACAAAGUCGCAGUAAAAAUACUCAACAGACAGAAAAUACGCAGCCUGGAUGUAGUUGGGAAGAUCAAACGAGAAAUUCAAAAUCUGAAACUCUUCCGGCACCCUCACAUUAUCAAACUGUACCAGGUCAUCAGCACACCGACAGACUUCUUCAUGGUCAUGGAAUACGUCUCUGGCGGUGAAUUAUUUGAUUACAUCUGUAAGCAUGGACGUGUUGAAGAGGCAGAAGCUCGACGCCUUUUCCAGCAGAUUCUCUCUGCGGUGGAUUACUGCCACAGACACAUGGUUGUCCACCGAGACCUGAAACCGGAGAACGUGCUGCUGGACGCACACAUGAAUGCAAAGAUAGCCGAUUUUGGAUUGUCCAACAUGAUGUCAGAUGGUGAAUUUCUCCGUACCAGCUGUGGCUCCCCAAAUUAUGCAGCCCCUGAAGUCAUCUCUGGAAGGCUCUAUGCCGGCCCAGAGGUGGACAUCUGGAGCUGCGGUGUUAUCCUCUACGCCCUCCUCUGCGGCACUCUGCCUUUUGACGACGAGCACGUGCCCACCCUCUUCAAGAAGAUCCGGGGAGGUGUUUUUUACAUCCCUGAAUACCUCAACCGCUCCGUCGCCACUCUCCUCAUGCACAUGCUGCAGGUUGACCCCCUCAAGCGAGCAACCAUCAAGGACAUCAGGGAGCACGAAUGGUUUAAGGAGGAGCUGCCCAGUUACCUGUUCCCAGAGGACCCUUCUUAUGAUGCCACCGUCAUCGACGACGACGCAGUUCGGGAGGUCUGUGAAAAGUUUGAAUGCACUGAGUCGGAGGUGAUGAACAGCCUGUACAGCGGUGACCCUCAGGACCAGCUGGCGGUGGCUUACCACCUCGUCAUCGACAACCGGAGGAUCAUGAACCAAGCCAGUGAGUUCUACCUCGCCUCCAGCCCCCCCACCGGCUCCUUCAUGGACGACAGCACCCUGCACAUCCCUCCCGGCGUGAAGCCGCACCCCGAGCGGAUGCCACCGUUGAUAGCGGACAGCCCCAAAGCGCGAUGUCCUUUGGAUGCCCUCAACACCACAAAGCCCAAACCCCUGACUGUCAAAAAGGCCAAGUGGCACCUGGGGAUCCGCAGCCAGAGCAAACCCUAUGACAUCAUGGCCGAGGUGUACCGUGCCAUGAAACAGCUGGACUUCGAGUGGAAGGUGGUGAACUCCUACCACCUCAGAGUGCGCCGCAAGAACCCGGUGACGGGCAAUUAUGUGAAGAUGAGCCUGCAGCUCUACCAGGUUGACAACCGCAGCUAUCUCCUGGACUUCAAAAGCAUCGAUGAUGACGUGAUGGAGCAGAGGUCCGGCUCAUCCACGCCGCAGCGCUCCUGCUCCGCCGCCGGCUUGCAUCGGCCAAGGCUGAGCAUCGAUGCCGCCGCGGCCGCCGAGUGCCAGUCGCUGAUGGGCUCCCUGAGCGGCUCCUUCGUUGGCAGCAUCCCCUCAGUGACACCACGCCUGGGGAGCCACACCAUGGACUUCUUCGAGAUGUGUGCCAGCCUGAUCAUGGCCCUGGCUCGCUGAUGGGCAGCACUGAGGCACCGGUCCCUCCGCACACGGUACUGCACUGUGAGGAUCUGGUCUGACUUGUCCGUUCCUUUUUUCUUCUGCUUCGUUCCUCCUCCUUUGUCCCUCACUGCUCCACCGCCUGCGAGACAGAGCCAAUUCCAGACCCAAAAUGUACUCCCCUCUAACAAGGCACUGAGGAAAUUAAGAAUAACUUCAUUUCACUCGUUACACCGAGGUGAAAUGUAUCCAAUACCCUUUUAUUCCUAGUGAACCCAAUGGGAAAUGUUUGCAUGGCUAUGAAGUAGCAAAUGUAUCACUGAGUUUUUGGAAAACACCUCCCCCCAGUUCAUCCUGAGUUUACAGAGCCGUGGCCAAACCUCCUGUGCUGUAGGUAGCAUGCAGUGGGACUGAUGCUGUGUCCCCUUUGCUGUGCAGAGCAGAGGCAGGCUGGGCUGAGCCAGCUCAGAGGGGUCGACCAGGAGCUACGCAGAACGGAGCGGAGGGGUAAUGAAGUAGCUCUGCGGCAUUCACACCUGGGUGCCAGCAGCCGCUGGCCUCUGGUAACACUUUCCUCCUAAAACUAGCAGCUGCUUAGACGUGUCUGCACCAGUGCAAUAUGCCAUCCCUCCCUGCUGUUUUUUAUUCCCCUGCUAAACGUGGGGAGGGAAGGUGGGAUGUGCAAAGGUCCUGUUGCAAACGUGCUGUGGGAAAGCCUCCAUGUGUCAAGUCUUUGCAGCGGAGUGUCCCGUAAGAGGCUUUAUUUCCUCCUCCCGAGAGCCCCGGACGGCACCAACCCGCUCACCACGUUCAAAGAUGAAGGCUGCUUGCCUUUCUUCCAGCCCUUAAUCGUCACCCCCCUCCAACCCGCUCACCCGCCCCUGCCGCGGCGCCACUCCAGGGGCCGAAUCCCAGGCAGGAUUCAGCUGAGCCACCGAUGGACGGCAGGAUGCCGAUGAGCCACCCAAAACCCCAGCACUUUGCCCAGCCUUCGCCCAAGGGUGGCCUCGUCACUGCCGGGCCAGAGCCAGCAGCAUCACCUAGCUCCGAAGCAUUUACCUCUUGCCUUUCCCAUGGGAAGCCUUUCCCUGUUGUUACCACCUUAAAUCGCUGCCAAAUCCGCCUUCCCUGCCGUCCUUGCUCACCGCCUCGUGCUGCCGGAGACUCACUUUCCGUGCCGGAGGGCUCUCCCGUCCCGCUGCCGCCCGCCGGACCAUCACCUGCACCGCUCCGCCGGUGAGGCAGGGCAGCUGAAUGCACAGGUCUACUGUUGCUUUACUGCUGGCUAUCUGAAGGAUAGGUUUUUAUUUCUUAAGACAAACUACAGGGAUUUUAAAGGUUAAAUUCCUGUUAUUCAAGGGUAAACUCUGAUACACGUGUGACUUCUUUGUUUAAAAGAAUAAUUAUUUUUUAUUACAGAGGCUUAAUCUAAUGGGCAGCAUUGGCAUCUGCUUGGCUUUGCUCUGGUAUUUAAUUCCAUUUACUUCAUUACGAAGGAACAUAACAAUCUAAUCAGUCAAGAAACAAAUACUUUAUGAAAACUUUGCCAAAAAAAUCCUGGGUGGACUUUUUUUUCUUUUUCUUUUUGCUUUUUUUUUUUUUGGUUUUGUUUGUUUUGUUUUGUUUUAAGAAACAAAACAAAGGAUAACUUUUGCUGGUCCCAGGUAUGCAGUCAUUCAACUUUAAAAAAAAUCGAUUCCAUCUUUCUGAUAGCUUCUUAUGACCCACUGAGGUUUUUUGCUAGGUUUUUUUUGUACAGUGGCACUUUAAUUUAUACUUUCUGCAAGUUUCUAUGAAAAGUGAGGAGGAGAAUGACACAUUAAGCCUUUUGUACUAAUCACUUCGGGUAAUGAAAACAAGUACGGGAUAUUUUUGCCAUCUACUGGCAGUUAAAUGGACAUUUUCAGCUCAAAGUCCCUUUUUCUAAAAAAACACAAAAUUGCCUUACUUUUGUUACAGAUUACGCAUGGAUUCUCACUAAUGAGACUUUAGAACUCCAAUUUUUCCAGAAGCCGCACAAACUAGAAAUCUUCCAAAAAAAAAUCAGUUUUGCUGUUAAGUUCUCGUACGCUAAAUCCACCACAGCAGUGGUUGGAUUGUAAACCUGGCAGCAGAACAAUUUUGUUUUUAAAAGAAAUACCGGAAAUAUUUGUAGUACUCCUAGGUUUUGUAAUGAGCUUUUUAUUAUAUUAUCAUUAUUAAAUAAAUACUCUGGGGUGGAGGACGGCUCUGGUACUGUGCCUGGUGGCUAUCAGAUGGUGCGUCUCCAGUGCUGUGGUGUGAGCGGGUCAUACCUGGCGAGGAUGGAGACUCCAGACUCCCGCAUGCCAAAAACCCCACCCUAGAGCCAAAGCUGAGCAGCCCCCAGCUCUGUAGCAGCUUUCGGAUCAGUGCUGAGAUGCAAGCAAAUGCUGAGCAAACAGUCCUGAAUGGGUUUGGGUGCUAGAGAGAAGCCCCUUUGGAAAGGAGCAGGGAAGGGUGGCUGAGCGGCCGUAGGGUCAGACAUUAUUUCCAUCCAGGGAGCAGCUGCAAGCGUCCAUACCCCCUCUGUGAAAUGCGUUUGACAUGUAAAAGGCUGUUUGCAUUAUUGCUCACAACUGCGCAUCUUGCCAAGUUGCUUGUCCUGGAGACACCUGCAGCCCAGUGGAUAAGGGGCUGGUGUGUUAGAUGUGAUCUGUGGUUCAGAAGCAGAUAGAUAGAUAGAUGUCUUGCCUUAAGAUAACGCGUGUCCUCUGGGAUUUCCUACCCAGCAGAGCUAAUAGUAUUAAACAGCAGCAAAUGCCCUUGGGAGGAAAUAAUUGCUUCCUGGAGGUGUGUGGGUGGUAGAAUAAGCCCUUGUGGCACUUGGCAUCUUCUCAGACCCAUGCGGACAUUAACUUCUGCAUAGGAUCAUAGAAUCAUUUAGGUUGGAAAAGACCUUUAAGAUAGUCAAGUCCAACUGUUAACCCAGCACUGCCAAGUCCACCACUAAACCAUGUCGCUAAGUACCACAACUGCACGUCCUUUAAAUCCCUCCAGGGAUGGUGACUCCAUCACAUCCCUGGGCAGCCUGUUCCAGUGCUUGACCAUUCUUUCAUUGAAGGAAUUUUUCCUAAUAUCUGGUCUAAACCUCCCCUGGCACAAUUUGAGGCUGUUUCCUCUCGUCCUGUCGUUUGUGACCUGGCAGAAGAGACCAAGACCCACCUGCCUACACCCUCCUUUCAGGCAGCUGUAGAGAGCGAGAAGGUCCCCCCUGAGCCGCCUCCUCUCCAGGCUGAACACCCUAGUUCCCUCAGCUGCUCCUCAUCAGCCUUGUGCUCCAGACACAGCUUCACCAGCCUCGCUGCCCGUCUCCGUACACGUUCCAGCCCCUCUACGUCCCUCUUGGUGUGAGGGGCCCAAACGUGAACCCAGGAUUCGAGGUGCGGCCUCACCAGUGCCGAGUACAGGGCCAUGGUCACUGCCCUGGUCCUGCUGGCUACACUGUCUGACACGAGCCAGGAUGCUGUUGGCCACCUUGGCCACACCGCUGGCUCAUGUUCAGCCGGCCAUCAACCAGCCCCCCAGCCAGUGCUGCCUAGAAGGCGGUAAGGGUGGCUCAGUUUUCCAUAUGGAAAGACACAAAGAUGACGCAACUUGCCUGCUGGACGUCAGCUGAGGCAGUGGAGCGGUAGGACUGAGUACAGUGCCUCCUCGACAAAGGCAUCAGGUUGACCUGGCCAUUACAGCCUUAGCCAAAUCCACCCUGCGUUUUGAAAUAUUUUGAGAAGUUGCACUUUUUUAAUGUUUUUUGGGUUUUUUUUUAAUUUUAUCUUCAAAUAGGCUGUUUUCUAGUUCCCAGCUGCAAAGAAGCUGCUGCCCUCCAGUUACAUUUUCCAGAGGAAAAGUUUCACUUUUGCACUGUUACACUGUGGUCACUUGUUUUUUUCUUUUUGAGUUAUGCUGGUACAUGCAUGAGCAUCAGGAAAAGCAGGGUAGAUGUAUCUGAACUACAGAAACUUGAAUUACGCCAAGUGCAAUUCUUGAAAAGCCACUGGACAGCUGUGCUUUACAGCCACACACUCACCCAGACUUUGCUUCAGCCCGAAGGGGAAGGGACAAAAUGCAAAGGCUAUAGAGCUCAGCUAGGCUCCGGCAUGAACCCCCAGCACCUGGAUGAGUUAAUUUAGAAAGAGCUUGUACUGUACUAGUUGGCAAAUAUAUAUAUAUAUAUAUAUAUGCAUAUAUUAUAUAUGUAUACAUAUAUAUUUUUAAAACCCCAUAGGUAGCAUCCCUGUCAUUGGUCUCUCGGUUGUAUUUGCCCAGCGGGGUAGGUGUGCGCCCUGGACACCUGCCAUCGCACGCACUAAUCCCGGCAUGCAGGAGGACCCAGCAAAAGGGGAUGAUAUUUUUACACCCUCUUCUAGGUAAAGCCCAUGAGUAGCUUAGCUGACCCCAUUGGACCCAGCACGGCCUCGUCCGGGGAGCGGGGAGAGGUGGCAUCGGGAGCCAUGAGCAUCCUUCCCUUCCACCCUCCCUGGCCAAAGCCCUGGUGCUGACGGGGUUUGGGGCAGUUUUAUUUUCAGGGGUCAGAGCUGAGCAGGCGAAGGCAGCAGGACAUUUUUUUUCUCUUAACGGGUCAGAAAUGCAUCUUCAGCGUGUGUGUCCAAUUUAGCAUUUCCUAAGGUGUGUACAAGCACAGGGGUAUAAUGAUGGGUAGCGUUGUAAAAAAUGAAGCAACUAGUUAGUGUCUGUUGUAUAUAAAUUUUUUUGUGUGAUGAUAAUGCCAUUUGUAUUGGAAUAGACGAAGUUUGAACAAAAUAACCAUUCUGUCUACUCCUUUUACUGCUCUUUACCAUCAGUCAUCUUGUGCGCACCCAUACAGAGGGAAGAGACACCUAUACGUAGGACAUGAAAUCGUGCCUUCGACAUGCAUUAGGACUGCUGGAAGCGGCAGCUUUAUUUCACAAGGUGCACAAAUCCCCCAGCUCACGCACAAUCCCACUGCUGAGACACGCAGGCCGUGUUCCUAAAUACUUGAAGUACUAUUUGUCGUGCGGUUAUCUGUCUUCCCCUGUUUAUUAGCUGAGAGGAGAAGGGGGAAGAAGACUCGUACGUCCAUCCCUUUGAAUGAGCCAAACAAAACCCCGCUCCAGCUCCUCCAGUAUUUUCCUGGAAAGUUUUAGGAUCCGUUUUUGUUUCAGGUGUAUGAUGUACCUACUAGAGUCACCUUUUUCAAGGUCUUACAAUGGUACGGGCUUCCCAUUUAGUGCUUCCCUUGGGCUUCCUUUGCCCUUCCCUUAAAUAUUCCUUUUUUGUCACUCACUCACAAAAAAACCCAACAGCUUCUUGUAAUUCUGAAUUUCCAGCCUGCCCCUUGGACAUGGAGUUAACGAUUCGUUCAGCAGUACCUCACUCCCAUGCCUGAGGGAUGACCUGGUUUUCAGAAUUUUCACAUCAUAUCUAUUGACCAAACACUGACUUUUGCAGAGAACAAGCCUGGUAUUGCAGGUAUUCGGUGCACAAAUCUUUGCUCGUUUUGAUCAUCAAAAUUAGGAGAACUGGAUGGUCAAUCAGAGCUCUAGCUACAAAGCAUGAGUACACGUUUGGUGUUAGAAGAAUUCUGUUUUCAGCAAAAGCCUUGAAAUACCUGCUGAAGCUGCCUUAAUUUAAAAAUCAAAGUUUAUUUGUAAGACUCAUCUCUUUUUUUUUUUUUUUUCCACAUUUUGAAAUAGUUUAUUUAUCCUCAUCUCACAAAGCUGUGAAGUAGAUACUGUAGACAUGGUAAUAUUUAUUCUUGUUGCUGAAAGCAUGUUCAUGUUUUUUAUCAUGUUAUAUUCACAUGUUUUGUACCUCAAUGCAUUUGGGUGUUUUGUUUUUUUUCUUUUAGAGUGCAAAGCAAAACUGAAUCCCAGGAUUACUGUAGUGUCCCAGCAUCUUUGGGCAGACAAACCUCAGCUCUAUGAGAGAGAUGAACCAGACUAGUCCAUUUUAUUUUUUCGUUUGUACUAUAAGGAGUAUUUAUGAUUUACUAUAUUAUUUAUUUAUGAUUUGUUGUUGUUGUUGUUAAAAUACUGAACUUUAAAAAACUCUUGAGUAUAAACAUCCCUUCAAACGGAUCAUUAACAUGAAGCUCAGAAUAAAAUCCUGAGCUCUAUAAAUACUCCAUCCUUCUUGGUAUUUUCUGUUUUGUCAACUGAUGGACUCGAGGAGGUUUCAUUUCCAAGUUAAUUGCUGUAGUGCUUUCUGGGACUGGCUGCUGUGGAAGGGCACAGGGCCUGGGUUCAGUUUUGUCCUUUGUGCGAGUAACUGUACGUUAGAUAAUCACAACGGAGCCUUUUACCUUCCAUUGAUGGUGUGGAAAGUGUUUCUUGGUGUACUGCACUGCAUGUGAUAGCUGUCUCCAUGGCUUACAUUUGCACUUUAAUAAACUCAGAGAUGAAAAGAGACAUAAGCAACAAAUCCUUAAAACUUCCUUAUUGCACAGUCCCUAUUUGCAGGCUGGUGUUGGCUGGUAAGGCUUCCCUCUGGAGAUGCUCCCAGCAUAUCCUGGCUGUGGGACCAUGGAUGCCUCCAGGCCUUGUGGGGUGGGACAGGGAGGGGAGUAAGAUAAACAGCUUCCCCAACCCAAAAUAUAUGCCAGGAGUCAGGCUCAAAGGUUUUCUUUGGUAUUAAUGUGCAUCCAGCAGAGCUGAUGGACCUGUGCUAACUCAGAUCUCAACUCCUUAAGCAAAAGCAUAGGGAAAAAAUAAGUUAAAGGUAUUGUGCAAAAAUAACCUUUCAUAGCAGAAAAGGUAUUGGGGGGUGGGAGGGGAUCGGACAUUUAGUUCAUAUAUGCCUGUGAUGCAGUGGGAUGUAACUCCAGUUAAAGCACAAAGCUGCAGGAAGUGCUCCAGCUCCAUCCCUAUCUGCACUCUCCUUUUUACACCAUUUAGUGAUACAGAAUUGGCUUCUUAAGAAAUUUCAGUUCGCCCUCAGGUCCAGCAGAUCACAACUGUUAUCAUGAUGAUUUCCAUUUUGAGAAGAAACGUGGAGAAACAGGGUUUAAAAUUCGCAUGAGAAUUAUUUUAAGUUUUGAUACAUUUAGGAUGUACCAGCAAGGCUAUAAAAGAAAAAAAGGAAUGGUUUAAUUUCCUGACCUAAGUUUAAUUUCUGGACCUCACUAUAGCCAGCCUCUGGUUUAAUUGAGGAAAUCUAAGUAGCUGUAUGUAAAGCAUUUCUGUAUUGUCUCCAGCCAUUCUGUACCAAGCGCUUUCCUUCUGUACCUGCAUUGGAAUCGGCUCGUGAAAAAAAACCAGUUCUUACUGCACUGCAAGGUGUCCUCGCACGCAGCCACUGCCAGCAGCAGGGCAGCAGCGUGUGUUUUGCAUCGAGCUGUGUCACAGCCCACAAGGACUGUCCGUAAUUGCACCAGGAUCGGGACCCGAUCACAUCUGUCACAGGAUGUAUAGGGGGAAUUUUUAAAAAACUUGAUUUCAAAAAAAAGAAAAAGACAAACUAGUCAAGUAACUUCCUUGGGACACAAAAAAGCACUGGCACAUGUGGCUAACUCAAGAUUUGCCUGUAGUGCUUGCAGAGCGUGUGAUUGAUAGACUUCAGGAGUUGUGUGCUAGCGCUGGAUGGGGGGAGGAUGAGGAAGGAGCCGGGGAAGGGAGUGUUUUCUUCAUAGGCUCAAUCCUAAACAUUGCCAUGGAAAAAAGCCCCCGAGGUAAACGGUCUCCCCAGCUUCCUUGGGGGAGCUCCCUGCAAAGGCUGGAGGUGAAGGACACAGCCCACGUCCCAGCCUGCCCUGGAGCCAAACACACACUUCAGCUCCCCGAACUCUCCAUCUCCGCUAGAGAAGUCUAAAUAUUUGGGCUGGCAAGCCUGCAAAGCUGCGCAUGCUUACAGGGGAUUGUUUUAUUUAUUUUUUUUCAUUGCAAGGAUGGAUGCAGGCCAACACACUUAAUAGUAACCACAUGGUAAAAUAAAUAAGAAUGCCUGUAUAGACUUAAAAGUAAACGUUAAAUAUUUGCUCUGUUUUCUCUGAUGUCUCCUAUGCCAGCUUUGAAAUGGCCGUGUGGCAAACAGCACUUUUAGUUUGCUGUGUUUUCUUAAGCCUGGAACAUUUAAUAAUUUCUAAUUAAACCAUCUACAUUUUUAGGAUAUUUAUGAGCAAACUGAUAUGGGCUCUUAAAAUGUGCUGGGGAGGGGCAAAAGCUGCACACUACAGUCAUAUUUAAGGUUUUUUUUUCUUCCAAAGCCACGUAAAAACCCUAUCCACAUUUUUCUGCUUUUGAAAAGCUAUCCACUGGAUACACCGAGGAGAAGCCAUUAGCAAUUUAUAUUUCUCUUCCUACAUGUAAAAGCAUUUUUCUUAAAAUAAGCAAUCAUCCUCCAGGCCCACAGUGGAGAAUGGCCCGAACACAGGGGCAACUGUUGGGUACCUGCCCGCCGCUGCGACUUGGUGGGAGCUAGAAGUCAGCCUGUACAUAUCUGGGAUGCCUAAGUUAGCUUACAAAAAUAAAGUAAAUUUUGACUGAAUGCUUUAUUUACUCUUUUAAAAUGCUUCUUGGAAAGAAAUAAGUCAACUUUUCCACUAUUUUAUAUAUUCAACACAGCAAGAGUGGUGGUACAUACUUCUUGUCCCAACACUUUUGUCAAGACCAAAACCAGUUCAAAUUUAUAUGGUUUGCUUUUUGAAAAGCAAAUCUUUUGGGGAGUCUUGCUAUUCUAGCACCUAAACCAUGCAGUAACGAGACGGAACAACUAAACUGCACCAUUUUUUUCAUGCAAAUGCAGAAAUGUUACGGCUGCUUCAGAGCUGACGAACAAGGUACUCCAAAAAGUGAGAA